AUGUCUGCAUCACCCACCAUUGCGGCUUCCUCGACCAAGCGUCCGCUCGAGGAGCCCUCAUCGCCUGCCGGACUCAACGACCAGCCCGAUGCCAAGCGCCCUGCCCUCGAUAAAAUGGUCAAGGAUGAAGCCCCCAGCGCAGACGCCAUCGACAUCGCGCAGCCGGUCAAAGCAGAAGCUGUUGCUGUUGAAGGCAUCAGCGAAGAGCAGGCAAAGGUGGUACCCGUCGCAACCCCCGCCGUCGAGAAUGGUACUGAGCCUAUCCAGACGGACACUGUUGUCCCUGACGCUCCCUCUAUUCUUGAGACCCAGCCCAUUCAAUCCACAUCUGGUGCCAAUGGACGCCCUGUAAACUCCAACCAACAGGUUGACGAGACCAACUGGCUGCAUGUACGCGCUUGCAUUGGCACCAGCGAGGCCGCCACCAUUAUUGGUAAGGGCGGAGAGAACGUGACCCAAAUCCGACGUCUGUCUGGCGCAAAGUGCACCGUCAGUGACUAUUCGCGAGGUGCUGUUGAACGCAUCCUUACUGUAAGCGGCCAAGUCGAUGCUGUGUCCAAGGCAUUUGGUCUCAUUGUACGCACUCUCAACCAAGAGGACCUCGAGACCCCUUCAACGUCUACCUCCAAGGCGUACCCCAUGCGCCUGCUCAUUCCCCACAUUCUUAUUGGAUCAAUCAUUGGUAAGGCUGGUGUUCGUAUCCGCGAAAUUCAGGAGGCUUCCAACGCAAAGUUGAACGCGUCCGACACACUCCUUCCUAACUCAGGCGAACGUUCGUUGAUCGUUCUCGGUGUUGCCGACGCCGUGCACAUUGCCGUGUACUAUGUUGCUCAGACUCUGGUUGAGCAGCUGACCGAGCGAUUCGGUGGCCCUGCAGCCUCCCAAUACGCGACCCGCAGCGGUAUGGCUGCCAAUGUUGUUCCAGGUGGCAUGUCUGUUCAACCAUAUGUCCCCCAACCUGCUGGAGGCCAGUACUCUCACCCACAGAAUUUCCGUCGCCAGGAGCCUGCUCAACGUACCCCAGCUCAUGGCGGAUAUGGCGCUCCACACAUGCACGGCCAGCCUCCUCAGCAAUCGCCAUAUGGCCAUCCUAACAUGCCCUACGGCGCUGCUUCUCCCAGCCGCGGUCCCUAUGGCGGACCUGCUGCCCCCACUCCCUAUGGCGCUCACCCAGCUGCGGCGCCUGUUGCACACGGUGCCGCUCCUCAUGCGCCCGUUAGUGCCAUCCCUGGACAGCCUCUAACGCAACAGAUUUUCAUUCCCAACGAUAUGGUUGGUGCCAUUAUCGGAAAGGGAGGUGCCAAGAUCAACGAAAUUCGCCAGCUCAGUGGCAGUGUCAUCAAGAUCAACGAGCCUACUGACAAUAGCAACGAGCGUCUCGUCACCAUUACAGGUACACAAGAGUGCAAUCAAAUGGCGCUGUACAUGCUGUACUCGCGACUAGAAUCGGAGAAGCAUCGUAUCUAA